CCCGAGUCAGAUUCACUCUCGAUCGUCAAUUGGCCGCCUCCAGUCAAGCUAACCUCCGCCUCCGCGACUCGUAUCUCGCCCUCCGCUCUCGUUGACCGUCGCAUAUCCAAUCAAACAUCUGUAUUCAGCUUUUCAGCCUUCGCGAUGGCGGAAGCGAUCCAGCAGCUCGUCCUCGACACCCUCGACAAAUUCGGCACGAUUCAUGACACACGAACAUUGGUCUUGCCAGGAUAUACCGAUCCAGCGGCGAACCAUGACUCGCAAAUCAUCAUCCUCGGUGCUCUGAACUCGCUGUCUAGUCGAGAUAUGAUCUCGUACACAACCCAUGAAACUGUCUCCCAUGUCCUUACACCGGAGGGCGCACAAAUAGCCGUACAAGGCUCGCAUGAGGCUCGUGUAUGGCAAGCGUUGCCCCACAAAGGCGAUGGAGCGCCCAUGGCCCCGAAGCAGCUUGAAGAGCGAGUGGGAUCGGAGACCGCGAAGAUUGGACAAGGUCGUGCGUUCAAGAACAAGUGGAUCGCAAAGGAAGGAGAUGGUCUCGUUAGGCUUGCACCUUCAAUCGAGGAUAACACGCAGGUAGAACUGCGCGAGGUUGACUCGACAGGUACCUUGAAGGCAGGAGAGAAGGCAUUGGCUGAAAUGCGCAAGCGCAAGCUCAUUGUACAAAGAAAGGGCCAGUGGUUCACAGUGAAGAAGGGGCCGGCUUUCAGCACAUCAAUCGCAAAGCCCGAGACUGAUCUGACGAUUGACAUGCUUGCAACUGGCUCGUGGAAGACCUCCACGUACAAAAAGUACAACUUUGAGGCUGAAGGGCUUGUUACAAACGGCGGUGCCUUGCACCCACUGCUCAAAGUUCGUGAAGAGUUCCGAAACAUUUUCUUGGAGAUGGGCUUCGCGGAAAUGCCAACAUCAUCCUUCGUCGAGUCCGGCUUCUGGUGCUUCGACGCGCUCUUCGUGCCGCAACAGCACCCCGCCCGCGAGGUCCAGGACACCUUCUACCUCUCUGACCCCGCCGAGUCGCUCCCGCCGCCCGCCGACUACUAUGAGCGCGUCUCGAAGGUGCACGAGCACGGCGGGUACGGCUCUACCGGCUACCGCGCGCCCUGGUCCGACGCCGAGUCGCGCAAGCUGCUCCUCCGCACGCACACGACCGCCUCGUCGGCGUCGAUGCUUUACAAGCUCGCCGCAAAGUGCCGCGGCGAGGGCGAGGACAAGUCGGCGCGCUCGGCGGCGGCGCAUGGCAGCGGGGCACAGGCGAAGGAGGGCGAUGAUGGGUUUAAGCCGGCGAAGCUGUUCAGUAUCGACCGUGUGUUCAGGAACGAGACGAUGGAUGCGACCCACUUGGCGGAGUUCCAUCAGGUUGAGGGUGUCGUUGCGGAUCGCGGCCUGACCCUUGCUGAUCUCAUAGGCUUCAUGAGGGUCUUCUUCACGAAGAUGGGUAUUGAGAACCUAAGGUUCAAGCCAGCAUACAAUCCUUACACGGAGCCCUCACUCGAAAUCUUCGCUUUCCACCCGCAGCUCCGCAAAUGGGUCGAAGUCGGGAACAGCGGCAUGUUCCGUCCCGAGAUGCUCGAGCCCAUGGGCUUCCCCAAGGAUGUCCAUGUUCACGGCUGGGGUAUCUCGCUCGAGCGCCCCACUAUGAUUCGGUACGGCAUUAACAACAUCAGGACGCUGGUCGGGCACAAGGUCUCGCUCGAGUCCGUGGAGAACUCUCCGGCGGUCAGGUUCUAAGUGGAUAUAUGUAGAUGAUAGAGCAGAAGUAAAAGUCCAUGUAUUCAUCGCUGUACUUGCGUGUCAAGAAAUGUUGAGUCACUGCCGGGUUCUUCAUCA